AUGGCUCUCAUUCUUGAAUUUGGCUCUCAAACUGAUCUAAUCCCACCAUCUCAAUCUCUCACUAUCUUCUCUCCCUCUGAUACUGCAUUUUCUCUUUCAGGCCAACCGUCUCUUGAUCUCCUUCAUUUCCACUUCACCCCUCGGUCUUUCUCUCUAAACUCCCUCAAAUCCCUCCCUCCUGGAUACCAAAUCCCCACUCUUUUCUCCAAUCACUCCCUCGUCAUCAGUUCUAAUGCUGAUAGUCAAACCUCGGUAAAUGGUGUCAAGAUUAAUGGGUCGGCUUUAUAUGAUGAUGGGUUUCUAGUAAUCUUUGGUGUUGACAAUUUUCUUGAUCCGGAUUUUACGGUUUCUGGGUCCAUUAAUGGGAGUACUGGUGGAAUUCGUGGAUGCUAUGUUACAUCUGGUGACGAUGAUUGCUCAUUUGAGGAGGCUAGUGGGGUUUUGAAAUCAAGAGGGUAUUCUGUUAUGGCCUCGUUUCUUGAUUUGCAAUUGGCGAAGUUUAAGGACCAUACCAGGUUAACAAUCUUGGCUCCUGUUGAUGAAGUUGUGAAAGGUUUUAUGGGUGAUUUUAGUGAUUACCGUUCAAUCUUUCUUAGGCAUGUCGUGCCUUGCAAGAUUUCAUGGAGGGAUUUGGUUAGUCUUGAUGAUGGGGUGGUGUUACCUACAUAUUUGAGGGGGUUCAAAAUAAAUGUAACUGUAUCUAGUACUUUCUUGAUGUUCAAUGGAGUUCAGGUCAUUGUUCCUGAAAUUUAUAGCAAUAGUUGGCUUACUGUUCAUGGUCUUGGGGGGAGUUUAGUGAUGCAAGAACCGACUGCAACUGCAAGCAAUGCUGAAAAGAUUGUAGUGGAUUUUAAGGCCAUAAAGGUCUUGAUAGCCUUUUCUUUUCUGCUUCUGUGUACCUCUCAGCUGAACUCUAUUUUGUAA